ACAAAGUCGUACUAGUAUUUAUUUCCGGUAUUAAUUUUCUUGACUCGUUGUCUAAACAGGAAUUAAAAAAAAUCUUGACUCCGCAAUCACCUGUAUAUAUAACUAGACCAGUAUUAACACAGCAGCAGCGUCUUGCGAAGUCUAAUCAGAGAGAGCGAGAGAGAGAGAGAUGUCGUGGCAAACGUAUGUAGACGAUCAUCUGAUGUGCGAGGUGGAUGGCAAUCCCGGCCAACAACUCUCCGCCGCCGCCAUCAUCGGCCACGACGGCAGCGUUUGGGCUCAAAGCUCCACUUUUCCCAAGUUUAAACCUGAAGAGAUUACUGGUAUAAUGAAAGACUUUGAUGAGCCUGGCCAUCUUGCUCCUACUGGACUGUACCUUGGUGGAACAAAGUACAUGGUGAUACAAGGCGAGCCAAAUGCUGUUAUUCGCGGCAAAAAGGGCUCUGGAGGUGUGACCAUUAAGAAAACUGGCCAAGCUCUGGUGUUUGGAGUCUAUGAUGAACCUGUAACUCCAGGACAAUGCAACCUGAUUGUUGAGAGGCUUGGAGAUUAUCUCAUUGAGCAGGGCCUCUAAGCUUUCUUCUCAAGUCAAUUUAUUACUUUCUAUAUCUUUGAUUUGUUGGGUAUGUGGUUUGUGCUUCUAGUAUCUAUGGGCUGAACUAGCAGUGUAGUGUUGGCUGAAAACUAACAACAGGACUUGUUCCUGUUGUUGGGUUUGGGCACUUAAGUAUUGGUGUUCUUAUCUAUCUUCUGCUACUCCCUCUCAUCUGUAUACUUUAUAGCGUCAUAUAAUUGCUCAUGGCACUUCUGCUAAGACUUUGGAUUUGUGAUAUUUUGACUAUUAUUUGAUUGAUAUGUUGGCAUGA